AUGGAUCCCUGUGCCUCGAUUUCCACCCACCCGGAGGUGCUGAGCGUGGAGAACAUCGCCAAGGUGCGGAAUUGGUUGGCGUCCCUGGGUGGCCUUUCUCACCCCAUGGAGGAGUGUCUGGACCAUGCACUGCUGAAGUUCAGCCGGGAGGCUGGCUGCCUGCAGGAGAACGCCCGGCUGGUGAUCUGCUGUGAGAGGCAGCAGCUGGAGUUCAUCUCAGGCCAGGGCGAGACACCAUCCAGCACCUCGUCCUCUCUCCUGCCAGGUCUUGUGCAGCAGGUGGACGGGAGGCUCCCGUUGGCCAACGAAUACCUCCUUCUUUCUGGCGGGGCCCGCCAGGGCACGGUGGACGUGGACCCAGGCGUCCUGGGCUGCUUGGCCCCGGGGGCCGACUACGACGCUGACUACACCCUCCUGGUGCCCAUCCUCCAAGCCCGCGGCUGCCCCGUCACCCUGGACCUGCGCCGGUGCCCGCCGGGCCACGCCUGGCUGGCGCUAGCCCCCUUCGGGGCCGAGGCCUGCCACCGCUGGGCCGACUGCUGCCGUCACCACGGCAACGAGGCCUACCUCGCCCCGGGCCUGGUCUCGGCCUGGUUCUCCCAGGCCUUGGGCACUGUGGCGGACCGGGCCCGGGCCGCCCCGCGCCGAGGGGGGCCGGCGGUGGAGCGGGUGGCCGGCCAGGGCGGCCUCGUGACCCUGCUCCUGAGCCAUGGCGAGGUGCGGGUGCUCUACGACGUGUUGCCCGUGGUGGCCUUCCAGGGGUGGCCGGCGGCAGCACGCGAGUGGCUGGGCCGCAGCCAUUUCUGGGACGGCAAGCUGAGGGAGGAGGACGUGGCCGGGGGCUUCUACCUCCUGCCUGGCUCUGGCUUGGCUGGGCAUGAGGCCUCGGGCCCGGUGGAGGACUCGGGCCCAGCUUCAUAUGAGGCCUCAGUCCCUGUGGCGGCUUCAGGCCCGGCUUGGCGUGAGGCUUCGGGCCCGGUGGAGGCCUCGGGCCUGGCUUGGCGUGAGGCUUCGGGCCCGGUGGAGGCCUCGGGCCCGGCUUGGCGUGAGGCUUCGGGCCCGGUGGAGGCCUCGGGCCCGGCUUGGCGUGAGGCUUCGGGCCCGGUGGAGGCCUCGGGCCCGGCUUGGCGUGAGGCUUCAGGCCCGGUGGAGGCCUCGGGCCCGGCUUGGUGCGAGGCUUCAGGUCUGGUAGACACCUCGGGCCUGGCUUGGCGUCUGUCCUUCUCCCGGAGCGAGCUCCAUCUCAAGAAGGCGGUGCCGCCCCCGUUGCUCCAGGCUUACCGGGCCGCCCGGGCCGCCCUCGGCGGGGCCUGGGGCAGGCGGGUGGGGCCGUAUCACCUCUGGACCCUGGUGCUCUGGGCCUGCGAGCGCCUGCCCGCCCGCUACCUGGGCCGGGAGGAGAACGCCGCCCAUUGCCUGCUGGGCCUGCUGGACGACAUGGCCGCCGGCCUGGGGGCCGGGGCCUGCCCACACUACUUCCUGCCGGGCUGUGACAGGUUGGCGGGGGGCUUGGAGCUGGGCCUGGCCCACGCGGUGGCCGCCGUCAGAGGGGACCCGGCUGGGCACCUGCGGCAAGCGGUGGAGAGGGUCAAGAUGGCCACCAAGUUGGGCAGGGGGCCAGACGCGGGGUCGGCUGUUGAGGAGUAGGUGGUGGUGUGUGUG